CACAACUCAAGGCCCACUGUUGUAACUUGACUCCUCCCCGCACGCUCCAGUCCCCUCCCCAGUCCCAGGCCCCGCCCCUAGCUCGUGCGUGCUCUGAGAUCCAUGCUUUUCAGUGGUAGAGCCUGGCUUUGCAGUCAUCUAGGAUCCCUGCACCAUUGCAAGUUGCUGAAUGUCUACACAGUUUGCUAGCUGAUCCCUGAGCCUUCUGGGGAUGGGUUUGACGAUGACAUCUCAUUUAGGACUGAAUGCCUGAUGAGGAACUUGGCAGAAUGGCUGAGACCUGCAAAAUGAAAUACACAGUGUUGGACAGCCCUUUGGGGAAGAUCGAGCUGUGUGGCUGUGAACAAGGCCUGCAUGGGAUACGGUUUCUCAGAGGAAAGACCCCAAGCACUGACCCCACAGAGGCCCCAGCCAAUGCUGAGUUGCUCAGAGGGCCAGAGGGACUGCCAGAGUCCCUGGAGCAGUGCACAGCCUGGCUGGAAGCCUAUUUCCAGGAACCUGCAGCCACAGAGGGGCUCCCCUUGCCUGCUCUCCAUCACCCUGUGUUCCAGCAAGAUUCAUUCACCAGACAGGUGUUAUGGAAGCUGCUGAAGGUUGUGAAAUUCGGAGAAAUGGUUUCUUACCAGCAAUUAGCAGCCCUGGCAGGCAACCCCAAAGCGGCUCGCGCAGUAGGAGGAGCAAUGAGAAGCAAUCCUGUCCCCAUCCUCAUCCCCUGCCACCGGGUGAUCUGCAGUGACGGCAGCAUUGGUAAUUACUCAGGAGGAGGACAGGCUGUGAAGGAGUGGCUUCUGGCCCACGAGGGCAUCCCAACUCGGCAGCCGGCCUGCAAGGACUUGGGUCUGACUGGGGCCCGGCUCAAGCCAUCCCGUGGCUCCACCAGCUCCAAGCUAUCUGGCUGAAAUUGAGUAGCUGUUUGAGUGACACAUAGAUGUAACACCGUGUCGGGAGAGGAUGUGUGGUGGUACCACUAUAUUAAAAGAGCCGGAUGUGUCCUGGG